CGAGCUAAAACGGGUGACCCAUUAACUCUUGACCCACUAGCUCAACCGGGUCCGGGUCAACCCGCGGGUUGACAACCUUGCUCCUGUCUUUUACCUCACCCUGCCAUCCGACGGCCCACAGCCCACUCAUCACGAACCAACGGCUGAGAUUGUUGGGCUUCAAUGUCAAAUCUCGAGACUUUGGGAGAGUUGACUCUGCUACACCUUCCUCGAGAGCGGACGGUCCGCCCGUCUUCAAAUGUCACGUUCAAGCCGACGAAACGCGUGGCAUUCCAGCUUGCAAAGUUCGUCUCUUUGAAGAGCAGUGAGUUCAUGGUACGAAGCUGCUGCUGCUCUUCUGGUUGAGGAUUCUGGUAAAAAGUUUUGUUCUUUUAUCUGGGUUUUGAUUGAUUGGAUUGUACUGAGAUAGAUCUGUUCGAAAGUUGCUGCCUUUACCACUCGUUUUGUUUUAUGCCAUGGAAAAUUGAGAUUCUGGGUUCAUCUUGUUUAUCUGUUCUUUGGAGUGGAUUUUGUUGGGUUUUGGUCUUGUGUUUUUUGGGGAAGUCGAGGAAUUGGGGUUUUGGGUUCUUGAGAGUGAAAUGGAAAGUUGGGAUCUUUGGCUUUCAGAGAUGAGAGAGUGAGAGAGAAUGAACAGUUGAUUUCAAUCACAAUCCCCCUGUAUUUGCAGAAGAUUUCAUGAACUGGUUUGAUGGUUGAAACGUGAAUUGGAUAUUUCAGUUAGGGUUACGGGACAAUCCUGAUGUCAAUCCUUGCUUUAUCUUCAUGUGCUGAAUUCCAGGAUUGCUUGAAAAAUCGAUUCAUCAUAUACUAGAUGGAUCCUGAAGCUGAGAUAUGUGGCGAUACAUGGGGUACGAGAUCCUCGUUGUCGAAUUCGGUACAAGAGAAAUCAGCAGAUUUUGGGUCACAACAGCAGCUUCAGAAGAAGUGGGACAACAACAACAACAACAGCUCCUCUAUCAUGGACUAUGGAUUCAGGAUUGGCCAACAACAACCGCCAUUGGAAGAGCAAGUAAAUCGUCAGAUCAACAAUUCGAUACAAGGCAAGAACAGCAACGAGAACAAAUCCCCUGAGUGGGAUCCAAGUGCAAUGCUAAACAAUCUCUCUUUCUUGGAACAAAAGAUCCAUCAGCUCAAUGACAUGGUCCAUUUGAUAAUCACCCGAAAAGGCCGAGUUCCCAGCAAACCGGACGAGCUCCUGACUCAGCAGCAGCAGCAGCUCAUAACUGCCGAUCUCACCUCCAUCAUCGUCCAGUUGAUAUCCACCGCUGGUACUCUGCUUCCAUCCGUCAAGACAAUCGGACAGUUCAGCCAGUUCACACCAAAACCAGCUGCUGCUUCUCCUGACCAGCAACAUCAGCAGCCUAACAACAGCAUGGAUGUCGACCACAACUACUCCACCACCGAAGAGCACGAAGAACAUGAGGACGGUGAAGCCGAGCACCUCCCACCUGGUUCGUACGAGAUUCUACAGCUUGAGAAGGAAGAAAUCCUGGCCCCGCACACUCACUUCUGCACUAUAUGCGGGAAGGGAUUCAAGCGAGAUGCCAAUUUGAGAAUGCACAUGAGAGGACACGGGGACGAGUACAAGACCCCUGCAGCCCUCGCAAAGCCUCCAGCGAUAAAAGAAGUGAGCUCAGCCGCUGCAGAGCCAGUGAUGAUCAAGAGAUACUCGUGCCCUUUCUCGGGCUGCAAGCGGAACAAGGACCACAAGAAGUUCCAGCCUCUCAAAACGAUCCUCUGCGUCAAGAACCACUACAAGAGGACUCACUGCGACAAGAGCUACGUCUGCAGCAGGUGUAACACCAAGAAGUUCUCGGUCAUGGCCGACCUCAAGACCCACGAGAAGCACUGCGGGAGGGACAAGUGGCUUUGCUCUUGCGGGACCACCUUCUCGAGGAAGGAUAAGCUGUUCGGGCAUAUCGCGCUGUUCCAAGGACACACCCCAGCCAUUCCUCCUGACGAAACCAAGACAGUCGUUGCUCUUGCACAUACUGAUGAUCCUGCCGCUGAUGACAGUGGCCUUGGAAGGAUGGACUUCAGUUCCGGUGAUCAAGCUCUCAUGGACUUCAAGUCGGUUGAUGAUCCUGUUGGCGCUGUGGCGAGCUGCUUCUCCCCUUUGAACUUCGAUUCGUGCAAUUUCGGUGGUGGGUUCCCAGAGUUCAAUCGACAGGGGUUCGACGAUUCUGAGGCUUCGUUCUCGUUUCUCUUGUCUGGUGGGUCGUGUAAUUACAGCAACCAGAAAACUGGAGGGGAAUCCUAGUACUAGCUGUAGUGGUAGGACUAGCAGUGAACUAUUAUUCACAACUAAGUAGAGAAAUUCAUGUGUCUAGAGCUUUCGUUUUGUACGUUAUAGAAGGUAAGGUUUCAUGAAUCCAAAAUAAGGAGAUUUUAUGCAUUGAAAGCUAAUAACAGCAGGGAUUCAUUUCUCAGUACUGGUUGAGAAAACCAGCUACAGCUAAUACAGGAUAGCAAGUUAC